AUGAUAAUCUUAAAUUUUGUUUAUGAUAGUGGUUGUGGAGAGUUUUCAGAUAGGAUGAUGAAUGUAUUCUAGAGAAUUGAAUAUUAGUUAAAUAAUGUAGAUUAGCAGCCAAACAACAAUAAUAUAAACUAGCCAUUAAUAAACAAUUAAAAUAACAAUAAUAACUUAAACAAUAACAACAACAAUAGCAAUAAUAAUGCUAAUAACAAUAACAAUAAUAUUAAUAAUAACAACAACAACAAUAAUAAUAACAAUAACAUUAAUAACCCAAAUAAUAGAAAUGAUAUAGAAUUAGUACUUAUGGAUUUGUGA